CUUUAUCUAUCAAAUAUGAUGCAACCACCGCCAGCAGGAGUCGUAGCUCCACCGCAGUCAAUGGCAGCAGAUCCGUCUCAAAGCCAGCAGUACCACCAACAGCAGCAGGCGGGUCAGCCGGUUCCUCCUCAUUCCGGUUGGAAUCAUCAACCUGUCCCUUCUCCCUCUCAGAUGCAGCAGUACCCAGCCGGUUCCGCGGCCACCAGCUCUGGCGAGAUUCGAUCUCUCUGGAUCGGUGAUCUUCAGCCGUGGAUGGAUGAGAAUUACAUCAUAAACAUUUUCGCUGAAACCAGAGAGGUUGUUUCAGCUAAGGUAAUUAGGAAUAAGCAGACUGCUUUACCAGAGGGAUAUGGGCUUAUUGAGUUUGUGUCCCAUGCGGCAGCUGAAAGGGUUUUGCAAUCAUACAAUGGAGUGCCAAUGCCAAGUUCUGAGCAGAACUUAAGAUUGAAUUGGGCGUCGCUCGGAUAUGGUGAAAAGAAGCAAGAGGAGGGAUCUGACUACACAAUCUUUGUUGGGGAUUUAGCUGCGGAUGUUUCGGAUUACUUGAUACUAGAGACGUUUAAAGCUGUUUACCCAUCUGUUAUGGAUGCUAAAGUGGUUACUGAUAGGACUACAGGACGGUCUAAAGGUUAUGGCUUUGUGAGGUUUGGUGAUGAAACUGAGCAGAUUCGUGCUAUGACUGAAAUGAAUGGCAUUUAUUGUUCCACAAGGACAAUGCGGAUUGGACCAGCUGCUAAUAAGAAACCGCUCAUUGGUCAGCAGUAUCAGAAAGAUACUUACCAGAAUACUCGAGGAAAUCCUGGCGAGCAUGAUGCAAAUAAUACCACAAUAUUUGUUGGUGGUUUGGAUCCCAGUGUUUCUGACGACCAAUUAAAGCAAAUAUUUAGCCAGUUGGGCGAGGUAGUUCAUGUAAAAAUUCCUGCCAACAAGAAUUGCGGUUUUGUUCAAUACGCUAACAGGGCUAGUGCAGAGCAAGCAUUAUCUGUUUAGAACGGUACCAUUUUAGGAGGAAGAAAUGUUCGACUUUCAUGGGGACGUAGUCCUUCAAGCAAACAGGUUCAACCUGAUCAGGCCCAGUGGAAUGGUGGAUACUAUGGAUAUGCUCAAGGAUAUGAAGCAUAUGGAUACGGUGCUCCUCCCCAAGAUCCUAACAUGUAUUAUGGGGGCUAUCCUGGAUAUGGGAAUUACCAGCAGCAGCCCGGGGCUUACCACCAACAACAGCAG